UUUAUGUUUAAAAGACCAAUAUUUACCUAACAUAAGGCGGCGCGCUGGCAGAAACGUUAGCACUCCGGACAAAAUGUUAAGCGACCUUUCGUCCGUCUUAUCGCUCUGAAUUCAAAUUCCGCCGUGGUCGACUUUGCCUUUCAUCCCUUCAGGGUUGGUAAAAUAGGUACCAGUUGAACAUUGAAAUCAAUGUAAUUCACUUGUCCCUCCAUCGAACUUGCUGGCUCUUUGCCAAAAUUUGAAGCCAAUAUUUACCUUUUUGCUGAACUAUAUUUUGUCGAUACCUAGACUUUUAUUUGUAUCAGUCGAACGACUGCGGCUAGGGUACCGCCUUGAAGGGUUUUAAUCGAACGUAUCGACCCCACUACUUCUUUUAAGAACGUAAACAAACUAACAGCAGUUGUGAAGAGAUAGUGAAGUUGAAGUACAAACGCAAAAGUGCGUGCACCCGACGGGCUUUUUUUAGUUUCCGUCUACCACAUCCUUCAUUAACAAGUCUUUGGUCGGCCCAGGGCUAAAGUAGAAGUCAUAAAGUGUCACAGUGGGACUGAACCCGGAACCAUAUGGCUGGGAAGCAAACUUCUAAUCAAUAAUUUCUUCGAAUGUUGAUGAUUAUGCAUUUCUAUAGAUGUGAGGCAAAAGACUUUACAUUUAUGGAGUCAAAUUAUUGUCUGCUUAAUUUACUUUAGUAAGCAAUAGGUACAAAAUGAAAAAUUGAUCCCAGCGAUACAGAGAAUAAUAUUAAAACGUCUUCACUUUUAAAUAUUAAAUGUAAACCUGUACAUCAGGAAAUAUGAUAUAGACAGAUAGAAAGAAGGACGCUUCUGUGUUUCCAAGACCACUAUGCAAUAGGUUGCUUGAUGUAGGUGUUUUUCUUCAAACAUGAGCCAAACUCCUAACCAAAAUGCCAAGGCCUUUAAAAUCUGGAACAGCGAAAGAACUACGAAAAAACCUGUUGUAGCAAGUAAUCUGCAAGAUUUAGUUUUAAAGGGAAAACUUAAACUUGGGUUAACCACUGGGACAGAUAUUCGAUUAGUUUUGGAAGCUGAUGGAACUGAUGUAGAUGAUGAAGAUUAUUUUGCACUUCUUCCUAAUGAUACAGUAUUUGUUCUGUUAGAAUCUGAUGAACGGUGGCAUUCAGCAAAUGAAGGAGAUGGAGGAAAGGAUGUCAAAGCAAUAAAGAAUUCUGUAAAGGAUAUAAACUCUGUUGUGCCUGUUGUAACAUCUGUUACCCAACCAACUAUUUCAGUAGCUUCUGCAUCACCAGUAGAUGUUGCCUCUCCUGCUUUACCUCUUCCUCCAGUCUGGUCUAAUCCACCUUCUACAGUUAGUAUCGGAAGUACAACUAAUGGCAGCACCCCAAUAGCUUCAGAGUCUGUCCAACUUCCAGAAGAAUCUUCUUUCACAUCAAAGAAUGGCAUCAAUAUAGCUGAUUUCAAGAAAGAUGCAUACCAAUGGAAUGAACAGUCGACAAGGCUCUUCAUAGAACUUUAUAAGCAUUAUCAUGAACUUUUUUUGCAACCUAACAUUAAAAAAAAGAAUCUUUGGGAAGAAAUUUCUAAAAAGAUGCUUGAGUAUGGGUUUGAAAUUAGCGCUCGUCAAUGUGAAAACAAAUGGAAAUCACUAAAACUGUCUUUCAAAAAAGUUGAAGAAUAUAAUAGAAACUCAGGAUUAAAACGAAAGUGUAGCUUCUAUGAUGAAAUCUCAGAGAUUCUUGGACAAUCAAAUGUGAUUUCAAUUAGUUUGGCUAGUACAUCAUCUAACUCUGCAACUGAAAUUCUUGAGAGUUCCACAGAAAAGGUUCGACGCUUUAAGCCAAAACGACCGCGUUCUUCAGAAUGCAGUACCAUGGACAUUUUGAACUGGCUCAAAGCAAACAAAGAAGAAGAGAAACGCCAGCAAGAAGAAGACCGCCUGGAAAUGCGUAAAAUGCAUGAGGAAAAAAUGAAAGCUUUCUAUAGCUUUUUAGAUGUACUUAAGAAAUGGAAAAGUUGAGUAAAAUAAAUAGAAAGCAACGAAAAAACUAUGUUCACACUAAUGUUCUCACCAGAACAAAGAAUAUCUCAUGUCAUUUUAUUUUCAUCAGAUAUAUCAUACAUUUCUGCACCGUAGCAGUGUCUUGUGUAAAAAUCACAUCUUGAACAAUGAUUAUAACUAUAUGAAUUGAAAAAAAUUAAAAUAUAUUUGUAUUUGAAUUACUGCAUGCAUAAAACAGAAAUACAUUUAUAUAUUUUUA